CAUCAAUCUGGCAACGUUCGCCGAUCCAUCACACAAAUCAUACUACACUACCGUAUGGACACCGUAGAACUUGCUAUCUGCGGAUUACCGAAUACUAUUACUAAUCACGUGAUUUACCGCCAACGACAAGGAACCGUAGAAAAUAUUCAUCGCGAAUAGCUUCAUCAAAAAUACGUCUUAAUCGUCGUUAUUCCGUCAUUAAAGUGGUCGGGAUCAUCUCAACCGACUUCCGCGACCGUCUCUGAACCAUUUAGUACGCGUCAAUAUCGUGUUUUCCCAGUCGGAAUGGCCUAGGAAGCCGGCCUGAACCCUUGCUGACCGUGACUCUAGAUCGUGGCGCCGAUUCAUCUCUUACAACGACGCGACGGUCCCCUCGACCACGGCCGAGGUGGAUUCUGGGGCAUGAAUCAUAUUACCAACUCUUGCACACCUCUCGAAACAUUUGCUUUAUUCCAAGAGCUCAACAGGAACUUUCAGAACGGUCUAGUCAUCGGCACCUUCAGUAACAUCUCCGACACCCUCAAGAAAACACCGGUCAUAUACGAACAAGACGGGUACGAUGCCAGCAGAUUGAGCCCCGACUCUCUCCAGGGCAUUGCCCUACAAUUAUUACGAGAUGAGAAGAGACGGGAAGUCGAAGCUACGAUAGAGAAGACUAAUGCCGCGCAAUCACCAACUUCUAAGAAAAGGAAGCUUCAAAGCCCCCCUCUAUCCACCUUCCAGGACGCCUUGGAGCACACCGACAAACUCCCGAUAUUAGUGGAGAAACUCUACAUACGAUUCCGGGAUAGCCUCAUUAGAGAAAUCAGGGAAGAUGAGAGACGAUUCGAAGAACUGCAACGCGAGCUGGCCGAGAUCGAACGAGGUGAAUGGGAUGACAGGCUUGGUCAAGAGCAACGUGUGGAUUCAAGCAAGAAUGGCGUCCCUGGCGCCAACGAAACAAUACCCGCACAGCCGGAGGCUCAACGAGCUGUAGCACCACCAUCGGUAACCCCUUCGACGCCACCACCGGCGGCGGCAGCGACGCCUACGCCAACAACAGCUCCAGCUCCAGCUCCAGCACCAAUACCCACAUCAACGCUAGUUCCGCCUUUGCAUAAGGCCCCUGAUUCUGGGAGGAGAGUUGAGCCGCCUCACACGCCUCAGCCACCCCAAGAAAGGAAACCUAUACAUCCAAUUCCAUCGUCCCUCCCAUCAACUGCUCGACCCUCGAACGACACACGCCAUGUUACGCCUGACAAUAGGUCACAAGAGCUAGGCCGGCCGAUAGGUGGACCGACUCCUGUUCUACAGCAUCCUCAAGCUGUCCAAGGGUACACCGCACGCCCAGGUUCUGCCACCCCGCAGCCUCCCAUUGCGGAUGGUCUGCAACGACCCGAGGGUAUACCUAAAGGAAGAAGUCCUGCCCCGAUACCGUCCAACCAACCUCAUAUCCCUGCUCCGACUUCUACUUCUGCUCCUACUCCUGUUUCUACAACCGCUCCUUUGAAAUGGGAGCCUCUAUAUCAACCUCCCCAUCAGCCUUCUCAGCCCUCCCAUCAAAUACCUCACCAACCUCCGCCGCCACCAGCAACACCAUUACAACAUCAGCUACCUCAACAAACGCCUGUUCCGUCUCCCCGUCCUCCUUACGGCGCGGGAGUCACUAGGCCCCCCACAUUUCCCUCCCAGCCCCCUACCGCUCUUCCUCAGUUCCCUCAGAAUUACUCAGGCGGUAGGCAGACUCCAGGGCAGUAUGGUCAGCAAUCUCGGCCCCCAGUACAGGGAUCUACGCCGGCAUCCCCUUCCGUUUUACUACCGCCACAAAGCGCCGGUCAAAUACCACCAUCUCUUCAGUCUUUGCCCUUAAAUGCGGCUCCGGAUGGUGCGGGACAGCCAAUACCACAGCGGCGUCCAGCAUCUGUGCCCGCGGCGACCUCUCCGAGUCCCAGCGCGGCAUCCAGCCCUUACCCUCAGCAUCGGGGUCAGCACAUGCCAACUCAGACACCCGUCCGGCCGCCUGUCGCAUUAUCAGCCACACAUCCAGCUGUAGGUUCUGCGAAACAACCUGUAACGCCAGCUCAAUGGGCGCAAUCGCCUGGCCCGACCCAGCCUAAUUAUCCUCCUCAAAGCCCUGCGCCUACCACACCAGCGCCUCACCAGGAUCAACCUCAACCGUCAUCGAGAUCAUAUAACUCGCCAUACAACCAACAAGCUCAGCCAACUAGCACUGCUGAACCACCACAACGCCCUCAGGUGCCUCCGCUGCAGACCCCGGCGGCCGUAUCUCAGACUAUUCGUCCGCCAUCGAUGACCCAAUUGCAAACACCAAUAGCUCUUUCGCCUCAUGUCGUAAGGGGACAUGGUACGAAGUGGACUUCAACGCCGACCCCCGCGACGCCUCGGAUGGAGGAUGGGACUAGUUAUUUCGAUUUCGAUAGCCCGAUGUUCGAGCCAAUCAGCCCGCCUCCUCAACCAGCUCAGUUACCAAAAGCCUCUCCCGAACAACCAGGGAAGAAGGAUACGCGAAAGGCUAUACAAAAGCUCGAUAAGUCAACUAGUAAGCCUAGAGGCCGACCGCGCAUUUCACAGAAACCAACUCCUUUAGCGCAGUCAGAAGAAGCUCCAGCGGAACCAGAUCUUUUAGGGAGCAAUAUUAAGAAUGAAGAGGCAACUCCUCGAGCUCUCGAAGACAUUGGCGAUGUAGUUGCAGUAGAUGAGCAUAUUCAAAGCCAAGCUCAGACAGAGCUCAGUCAACCAUCUAAUAAGCGGAAGCGCCAGGAUAGUCCCCCGAAUAGGGCGCCACCAACACCGGCUACCCACGUCUUAUGGACACGCUCAUUCAACAAAAUCAGCCAGUCUGCUUUAGAUCAAAUUAUUAGCCAUCGCCACGCUAAUAUGUUUGCGCAUCCCGUCAAGCCGAGGACUGCCCCUGGCUACUUCGAAAUCGUCCUUCGACCACAAGAUCUCAAAGGUAUCCAGAAGGCUAUCACGGCGGGUUCCAAAGCGGCGGCAGCGGCCGUGGCGACAAUGUCUGAUAUAGAAGCGAAUGCCACAAAUGUCUGGCUUCCAAUGUCUGUGGAUCUAGUGCCCCCGCGAGGUAUAAUCAACAUCGCACAGCUGGAGAGAGAAUUGGUUCACAUGUUUGCCAAUGCAAUCAUGUACAACCCUGAUCCCUAUCGCGGUUUCGGGCCUUCAUUUCUAAGGUCGAAUCGGCGGGCUAGUCAAGAAGACGACGGGGAGGAUUAUCGGGGUUAUGAAGUAGACGAGAACGGAGUCGUCAAAGAUACCCGCAGCAUGUUUGGGGAGGUCGAGAAGCUUUUAAGCGACCUCCGUAAUGAGGUAGAGCGCAAUGCUCCUCCACCCACAGGUGUGCCGCCAUCAGUGAGCCGUAGUUUAAGUGUAGCGGGUGGUGAGGCGAACACAGCCGAGGAUGAUGCGGAAGAGCAAGCAGGAGACGCCAACAAAAGGCGAAGGAUAAGAGGCUAGCGGCCGCCGAGAAGGUAUUGGCUACGUAGCUAAUAGGGUUAUCCAUGACGAUACCCAUUCUGUUGGAUUGUGUGCAGUUCACUAUGAAGUAUAAAAAUAAACACCAAACCAAGAUCAUUUGGUGACCUCGAGUAUGAAAAAAUUGUUAUUGACUGAUGUCUUCCUGAAUGACAUGGCAUGCAUGUAUGUAUGUGAUAGAUAACAUACACUGAUAUACUUGCAUG